GUCGUCAAUCGAUGGUCAUCGGUGGUGACAAAGCUGACACACAUACGGUCCACAGCUGACACACAUACGGUCCACAGCCACAGCAGGCACGCUGGCCCAGUUCAUCGAGGUGCUCGUUCAAUCAAUGUCUUUGCAGGCACGCAACAGUCACAACACAGUCACAACACAGCUGCAGUGGCCAUGCCAUUCCUCUCUGAGUCAAUCAAUGCCUCAGUAUCAGCUGCAGGUCGAUUCUCAGCAGAAUGGCGGCCGGCAGAUCACACGCUUCACAGCUGCUGCCAUCCCAUGCAAAGCACCGAACACACAGACACAGACAGACAGACAGACAGACAGACAGAGGAUGUCUUGCCGCAGCCGAGGUGAGUGAGGCGCUCACCGUGAUGUGCAGACGAGCAUGAGGUUGGGCGCCAUGAACUCAUCCAACAGACCCGCAAACACAGCCAGCAGGUCACGUGUCAGCUGACACGCACAAACAACACAACAGCAGCCGAUGGCGUCUCUCUCUCUAUCCAUGCACGUGGACGCCUGUGUGCCCGUUGUGUUGUGCUCACCCUGUUGUGUGUGUGUUUGGUGCCGAAUAUCUCCUCUAUGUCGUCGAUGAAGAGCACUGAGGGAUGGCUGGCGUAGGCCAACUCGAACCGCUCACGAAGCAACGACUGCACACACACACACAUGGACACACAGACAUUUUGUGUGCCACUUGCCCGGCCACGUACAUGCCCCUCCACCGACUUACCUGUGAGAGGCCCACGAUGCCGUGGACUGUGUUGGGGAUGGUCAAGGAAAAGACACUCACUCCGCCGAGAGAUGACAGCGCCCUGCACACGCCCAUCCAUCCAUCAAUUGUCGCUUCAUUUCUCCCACAUGAGCGAGCACCUUCCCAGCGUCGAUUUGCCGCUCCCUGAGGGCCCCAGCAGCAGCACCGAUGAGCACUCAGACUCACCUGCACAAACCAAAAAGGGGAGUGCAGAUCCACACCUAACAAGUGUGACGGCUAGCGUGAGUGCAGCUGGCGUACUUGGUGCGGCUUCGGCGUCCUCAUAUCGCUCUGCACGCUCAAACAGCCGCCGCAAUCGCUCACACGGCCCCUGAAAAAGAAACACACCGCCACCAACAGGACGACCACUUAGAAGACAAUCUGUUCGUGUGUGUGUUUUAUGUGUGUGUCGGGUCUCAUUCAUCUCGCUGACCUGAAGGUGCGGCCUCAGUGCGUCGGGCGAUAUCACAUAAGGCUGAUUGGCGCCUUUGGCCAGCACACUCAGUGCAUUCGACACGACGCCGGGCUCUCCGGAUGACGGCGCACUGGCAAUCUCACUGCACAAGCGGUACACACCUGCACACACGUGUGCAGUGCACAUAUUUAGUCGACAUGAUGUGUGUGGGUCACUCGGCCACUCCCUCACUGACUGACCUGUCCAGCUGCGGCCGGCCGUCCGCUGUGCCGCCUCUCUGGUCAGCUGCUCAUCCUCCAUUCCCCACCGGGCCAACAGAUGCCUGCAGAAACGAACACAGAGGAGGGAGAGAGCAUCAUGUUGACAUACACACACAGUCAGUGGCUGUGUGUGCGCGUGCGCCAUGCCAUUCAUCCGGCUCUCGUACCUGAUCCACUGCAUCCUCUGUCUGAAUGAGGGAGGCUCCAAGGGAAGCACCACAUCAAACAUAUCACCUGCACAGCCACAAGCAGCAUCUGACGAUGGUGCAUAGGAUUGCAUCCUCGCUGACACCACAGCGUGCCGCACGCACCUAUUGCCCUGCUGGGCCUGUCCCUCAGGAGCGCGACAACAAGACACCCACCGACCUCCCUCAUCAGCCGCAGAGCACACCUCAUGUCGUGGAACAUCUGCAGCGACUCGUCGCCCUCAGAAAUGAGCGCAUCUAUUCCACUAACACCCUCCGCAGCACCAGGUGUGUGCUGCUGUGGCUCAUCGAUGUCAGCCUCAUGGUCAUCAUCUGACAGAUCUGGGCUGUCGGGUGAACCGACGUGUGUGUGGGCGACAUCGUCAGUGACACCACUGGCCUGCAAUCGCGGGAGAAAUGAAGAGUGUGUGUGUGUGUGUCUGUGUGUGUGCUGAUGACCAUAGGGAGGCAGUCCAGGUGAGAAAUGACAAUCAGUCUGCGGACUGCAGAUGAGCUGUAUGGAGCACCAAGAAUGGCCUGCACACACACGCAAGACAGACGCCCAUGACACUCAGCACUCACUCGUCCAUCGCUGUGUGUGCAUCCCGUCCGCUGCUUACCGCGUAGCGGCGGCGAAGGGCCUCAGCGGGGCCAAAACCUGACACACAUCAGUGAGUGAAUGAACGAGUGAGGCAGUCGCACACGCGCGACAAACAGGCGCCCCCAUUGUUGCCAAUUUUUGCGGCUGACCUCUGCAAAUGGCAGCGGCGUCAAUCAUAUGCAGCUCGAACACACCACGACCACCGGCAGCAGACUGCUCGUGCAGCCUGUCGAGAUACGCCGCCAGCCAAUCCACACACAGAGCACCAUUCUCACCUGCACCAAGGAGAAGCCAGACAGACAGACCAUCCAUUCAUCUGAUCUGCCGCGCCCGCGUGUGAUCUGUCACCGCCCACCUUCGGUAGCACAGUGAAUGGCGAGGGCAGCCACAGAGAUCUCCAUCUGGCCGUGCCUUUCCUCCUCACGAGCGCCCUGCGUGCAGCACAUGAGUCGCCUGUUGAUGAGUCUUUGGGUCAGAUCCAGGCUGAACGGCAACCCAACGGACUCGCCGAAGGGCUCAACCAUUAGCCCUGACGACGAAGGUGCGCAGAUGCGAGCGAGAGAGGGAGAAGGGACGGCUGGGAGAAG